AGAUCGCGGAAUAUUAUGGCAUUUGUGUGUCAGUUUCCCUCCGAAAAGCUGAGCUAAAGGCUUUUGUGUUUACUGGUCUCGUUAGUCAGGGAGUUUUCUCUGCACCCGUGAGCGGCCCUGAUCCAGAGGUGAGCGCACAUGAUGUGACAGAUCAGGCCGUUAAUGUUACUCUGGUAUUUCGACAUGAGGGAGCCGAACGACAGCCGGUCACUUUGCCGCAGUUUGAACCAAUGUCUGUAGAUUCAUCUCCGGGGUCUAAACUGGAUGCCAGGUUAAAGGUGCGGUUAAUUCGCCUUUAGGUAGAGAGCGAGGAGAAAGAGAGAUUUCCAGCUGCGCAGUUAGAGUUAAAGAAUUUGGAGGUGGAGGAGGAGACUGCUUUAAAGAUGCGUCAGAUGGAAAUACAGGCGGGUUUGGGAGUUAACCGUAAUAUUACCACAGCUGGUGCGCAUUAUGCCAAUUCUGCUGUCACCACAUUUCGCUGGUGCCUGUUUUCCGUGAGUCAGAGGUAGAAGCUUACUUUGGUCCAUUUGAGCGUAUUGCUACUGCUUUACAGUGGCCUAAGGACGUGUAGGCAUUGUGAAAAGCCUGUUUUACAGUUCUGCGGAGGCUCCACGCAGAGCUUUCGCCGUAGCUUACAUCACAACAUUGGUCAUUGGAUCGUGCCUUGUCUCUUUGACUGCAGCCAUGCUCACCUUUUCAACCCCAUCCCUUCUCUACCUGAGUCUCCUGCUCUUUCUGUCGCACCACUCGCCUGUUCUCUCCUGUUGGAUUGAGAACUCCAGCCAGUGUCAGUCCGCUCCCUUUGUACCAGGCCACGACCUGGUGGGGGAGGGCUUUGACAUGGUCACCCUGCAGCGUAAAGCAGCCUACGUGGUUGACGUGAAGACUUUCCUCACCCCAGCUGGCACCUGUACUCUCUGCAGGAACCCUCUUCAAGACAACAGCCUGCAGAAACUUCCAGUCUCUGCAGUGGAUUGGCGCGCAUUCAGCCACUGCAAUUUUCAUCUCUACGACAGUAUGCACGACUCUGUUAGCUCACUGAUUAAUGCUUACACAUCCCAGGAAAUUAACAACUGGAAGGUUGGCCUAAAUAUAGAUAGGUUUGUGAGUGCCGGCCUGGAGGUUGGGGGAACGCGCUCCGCUGCGUAUGCCUUUGCUACAGCGAGGACCAGAGAGGACCGCUACUUCUUCAGCACUCACAGGGUCACCUGCAGCCAUUAUAGUUACCGUGUGUCCCGCAAACCGCCCCUCAGCUCCGAGUUCAGUAAGGAUUUGGCCAGGCUGCCGGAGUUCGUCAUCUUGUCCUUUCCUCAGUACAUUGAGCUCAUACAAACCUAUGGCACACACUACAUCCACCAGGUUUCCCUAGGGGGCCGACUCAGGCGAGUCACAGCUGUACGUACCUGUUUGUCCUCACUGAAUGGGCUCUCCUCAAACCAGGUCCACUCCUGCCUAUCACUGGGUGUUUCUCUAGGCCUGGGGAAGGUGAAAUUACCCGGUAACAAACCGUAUUGCACCAAGGUCCUACGGAACCAGGACGUCUCCACCUCGUACAGCUCUGGUCUCCACCAACACUACACAGAGGUGUCAGGAGGCAAUGUUUGGUCGGGGGAGUUUUCUCUUACUCACGAUGACUCCCUUGGCUACAGGAAUUGGCUGAAAACCCUUAAGGACAUCCCAACUGUUGUUUCGUACUCCCUCAGGCCAAUGUAUGAGCUGAUGCCAACUGAGAAUCAUAAGGAAGGGAUGAAGUUGGCCAUAGAGCUGUACUUAAAAGGCAAUGCCGUGAGCAGCUCACAUAGCAAACCAAGUUGCUGGUACACUCCUAACCUGGCGUCCAACUGCUGUCCUCAAGAAGCCUGGAGAGGAACAGCGGUGGUGACCAUUAUCCGAGCAUGGGAUCUGUAUGGAGAUUAUGCUGGCGAGACUGAUAGCUAUGCUAAGAUACAGUACGGAUCCUUCUAUCGCAGGACUGACAUGAUCCAGUCAAACAAUCCCUGGUGGAAUGCUCGUUACGAUCUGGGCACGGUGUCCACAUUCCCUGAAUUGAAGAUAGAGGUCUGGGACGAGGACUUGCAUUACGAUGACCUUCUGAUAUCAUGUGAGACGGACAUGAAAGAGGGAUCAUACAGAGUCACCUGUAAAAACCAGUUGGGCGGCUUGGAGUUCAAGUAUACUCUGACCUGUGACCCUCAUCUGACUGGAGACUGGUGUCACCGUUACAAACCAUCCCCACAGUAAAAAAGAUGCCUUUACUGCUGCUCGCUUUUCUAGUUCAACUGAAAUCACAUGUAGUGUUGAACGAGGUUCAGUUGAAAACCCCAAAACAGCUGAAACUAUAUUACUGCUUCUGAAAUGUAUUAACCCAAAAACAGCUGAAACUAUAUUACUGCUUCUGAAAUGUAUUAACCCAAAAACAGCUGAAACUAUACUACUGCUUUUGAAAUGUAUUAACCCAAAAACAGCUGAAACUAUAUUACUGCUUUUGAAAUGUAUUAACCCAAAAACAGCUGAAACUAUAUUACUGCUUUUGAAAUGUAUUAACCCAAAAACAGCUGAAACUAUAUUACUGCAUAGAGAGGAAACAUCGUCACAUUCAAUGUUUCCUAUACGUAUGCUCUGCCUCUUAUUUGCAUUGAAGAUUGUAUUACCCUGUAAGGUAAGGUCAUAUAAAGUGGUUAAACACACCUCGCUGUGCCGGGGGGUGUAAACCUCAUGAAAUCAUAUAUAUGAGUGCUUCGCCAACAAGAAGCUCUCUCUUGCUUUUUGGGGCAUCUUGUGCUUAAGAGCAUUUUGAGUGAUUGAACUCAUUCUGUUAAGGACUAAGUUCAUUUUUUCAUUUUAUUUCCAUUUAGCUUAUUUGCUUUUUUAACUUUUUGCUUCAACUAAAAUAAAAAUACCUGUGUUCUUGUUGAACAAGGGAACCAAAAA